AUGCCGAGACCGUGCAUUCUCCCGCAACUUCGUCGGUUACGCGACAAUCGUCACCACAGCGGUGAUGUAGUGGCUGGUAGCGUUAUUGGCAUGCUAAGCGGGCUUCUUGCCGUUGCCAUCUUUUUCCGACUUGGCAAAGGGAAGGCAUUCCUGGUGCCCCGCCGUCUGGAUUUCGUGCGGCGUCAUGGUGGGCAGGUGGUGUCUGAUAUAACUAAAUGA